AUGACAACUAAUCUCCCAAAUUUUCAUUUGAGUCCUUUCAAAUAUCAUUCAAUUCAACCCCAUUUCAAUUUUUCGAUUGCUUCAUCAAAUUCCCAAAUCAUAAAACCGAAAAAGAUUCCUCCUUCGAUAUCCAUUCAAUGUAAUCUCUCUUCUCCACCCAAAUCCAAAGAGGAAGCUAUACGUCAAGCAAAAACAUGUCUUUCAUCCACCUUAGAGAAACCUCUCAACAACCUAAAACUUACAGCUGGUAAACUCAAGAAACUAAAGCAGCCCAGAUUCCGUGUCGAAAUCCCAGUCAAUGAUGACUCUCCAGAUUCCUUAUCACAGCUUGCACUCCAAGUGUUCGAUGAAAUGCCCAUUAAGAGAAAGGGCUCUAAAGUGAAGAUUCUAAUACUAUGGCCUAAUUCCACCUUAACAGAAGCUGCAAAUAGAGUCGCAUUUGGGUCAGUUGAGCAUGUCGACAUUUCUUCACUAAAAGAUGGGGGAAACAGAGUUUUGAGCUCUGCUGACGUGGCAGUGUUUUUGACACCAGAAGCUUCACAAAUGGAAGUGAUGGAAACAAUCACUAACAGUCUGUACCCAAAGCCAGUGGUGAUAUUCAACCCUAGAUGGAGUUAUGAAGAUGAGGAAAACAUUCUUGGUGAUUUUGUUGACUUUUUGGGAUCUUUUGAAGUGAUUUAUUCGUUUAUGGGAUUGGAGGUUAGAGGGCUAUUGAGUAAGAGAAAUGGUGUGGUGUUUAAGUGUGUGAGAGAUGGGGUUUUGAGUGGCGAGAGGUGGAGUGUGCUUGUUGAAGAAGAAGAAGGAGAAUUGAAAGUAGUUUCAAGAUUCAAAACAAGGCCUUCCAUUAAUGAAGUUGAGAAUGUUCUUUAUAAUUUGAUGGCUAUUAACUCUCCUAUUACAAAGUCUGCAAAGUUCUUGAAAGGAUUGGUUUCAAAUGUAACUGGAAAAAAGUAA